CGCACUAGGUUACCACCACUGGGACAUCAUAUCCCGUAUUUUCCUCUUCAGAUAUUACACAUGAAGGUCCUGUUUUCCGCUCGGUUCCGCGAUUGGCUGAAGAAUUGGCAGAGGAGGUUGCUCUUAUUGCUUGCCAGUCUUAGAUUAAAAUUUGGUUCGAAAAAAGCGAACGUCAAUGACAAGAAUCUUAGUCUGCUCGACCUCACUGGGCAAAUUAGCAAAGAAUUAUCCCGAUACCCUGUCGCACAAGGCAGCUUUGGGGAUGUGUGGAAGUGCAUACGCAUACGCCCUCGAUCAGAGGUUGCGGUAAAGUGUCUGAGACUUGAGGUUCCGGACGAUGAUUCGAAGAAACAAAUUACUGAGAGGCUCGAACAUGAGCUACAGCGGAACACUCAGCUCGAACACACUAAUCUGCUGCCGGUGCUGGGAAUCACUCAAGGAUUUGGCCUGCUGCCUGCCAUCGUAUCCCCAUGGAUGCAGAAAGGCUCACUUACUGCGCUUCUGGAACGUGAUUUCCAACAACUCACUCUCACUCGAAAACUCCAAAUCCUCAACGAUGUCGCUUCAGCUCUGCAGUACUUGCACUCCAAAAACAUAGUCCAUGGUGAUCUCACCGGCAACAACAUUCUCAUCAGUGAGAACGGCAACGCCUUGGUGGCUGACCAUGGCAUUCUCCUUUUUUGUUCAGAGCUCCAUGGCACGUCCUAUAUCAGAAGCAAUGUGCGAUGGGCCGCACCCGAAAACUUCCAAGUCCCGGAAGAUGAAGAGUCAACAAGUUCGCCUCAAUUGGCAUCGGACAUCUAUUCCUUCGGGUGCAUUAUGCUGCAGGUCUUCACAGGAAGAGUUCCGUAUUCUGAAUAUCGAAGCGACCAUCAAGUUACCGUGCGGAUACUCAGAGGCCAGAAGCCUGCUCGGCCAGUGACACCGCCUAUUGCGGAUUCUCUGUGGGAUUUCAUGCAGAAGUGCUGGAUUGAUGCGGAUUAUCGGCCGUCAGCUAAGGUGGUCCAGGAAUUUAUACAGGGUCAGCUGAAACUGUCAGAGGAAAAGUCUUGACUUUCUCGUGCAUCUCAGGAUCCAUUCAUGGCCAGUUUUCUCGCAAUUUCUACUCGCGGUCAUGUACGAUAUGUUCGCAAGUUCUCAUGCACUCACAUUACUCUCAAAAAACUCUCUCCUACUAGUUCCCUGAAGUCUUCACCUCAAUGCACGGAUUCCCUAGAUGCUUGGCAGAUCGUAGCUAUUCUUCACGAUGAAUGACCUCGUCAUUUGACACGUCAAAUAUAGCAGAGUAGAGGAAAAAUGUUACUUGUAUUAGUUUGAAUGACGUAUCAGAUAGUAUGCAUACUUUG